AUGAUAAUCAGAGCAGACAACGCUAAGUCGCUCGUGAGUAAAGACGUGAUCGACUUGCUCCGCCAAUACAACACAAGGCUUCACGCGUCAACCCCUUAUUAUCCCAAAGGGAAUGGGCAGGCGGAAGAAACAAACAAGACGCUCAUCCACAUCCUUAGCAGAAUAGUGCAUGAUCAUCACAAAGAAUGGCAUGAGAAGCUUCCAUUGGCACUCUGGGCAUAUAGGAUUUCAAAACGCAGCUCCACAGGAGCAUCACCUUAUUCACUAGUUUAUGGGGAAGAGGCAAUACUACCUGCGGAGAUAGCGAUCCCGUCUGCAAGAAUAGCAAUGGAUAGCCACACUACACCCGACGAAAUAAGCCGCUUCGCUCACUUAAACACAUUAGAGGAAAGGAGAACACGAGCAGAGAGAUUCGCAGAAGCUUAUGGAAAGCGCGUAGCUAAUUACUACAACGAGAGCGUAAAGGAAAGAACAUUCAAGGUGGAUGAGCUGGUUUUAAAAAUCGCCCCGCAUGUACAAAGGAACGCCAGCGCCGGGAAGUUCGCUGCGAACUGGGAAGGCCCGUUCAUGAUCAGGAAAGUGGCAGAAAGCGGGUAUUAUAUGCUCAGACGUAUGAACGGAACCAAAGUCAAAACGCCUAUCAAUGGCAAGUGGUUGAAAUUUUUUUACGCAUAA